AUGCCACAGGGGAAGGCAUUCAAAAUCAACAAGCUGAAGACUGAGGUCAGAAACCGUCUCACAAUGUUGGAAAAGAGAGUAGAGCGUAAUAAUUUUUUGGAUGACAACAAGAAGCGGAGUCCUUGCAUCCCCUCUUACCCCAAACACCAUCUGUCUAAGGAGACAAUGGAAGCUCUUAGAUUGCCUACAUUUGAUGCUUGGCAGUGGGAGCCCAAUGAGCUCAUGACAGCUGCUGUGUGUCAUGACCUCGAUCAUCCUGGAUUCAACAACAUGUAUCAGAUCAACGCUAGAACGGAGAUGGCCCUUCGCUACAAUGAUAUUUCUCCUCUGGAGAACCACCACUGUGCUGUGGCCUUCCAGAUUUUCUCCCGGCCUGAUUGCAACAUAUUCUUCAACUUUGACCCUGAGGCCUUUAAACAGAUACGACAGGAAACCAUCACAUUGAUCCUGGCCACAGACAUGGCACGCCACAGUGAGAUCCUAAAAACCUUCAAGCAGAAAGUUGACAACUUUGACUACACAAAUAAGGAGCAUGUUGCCUGCCUGAAGAUGGUACUUAUCAAAUGUUGUGACAUCUCCAAUGAAGUGCGGCCCAUGGAGGUGGCUGAGCCUUGGGUCGAUUGCCUGCUGGAGGAGUACUUCAUGCAGAGUGACAGGGAGAAGGCUGAGGGACUUCCUGUGGCUCCGUUCAUGGACAGAGAAAAGGUCACCAAGUCAACAGCCCAGAUUGGCUUCAUCAAAUUCGUCCUCCUCCCCAUGUUUGAGACUGUGAUGAAGCUGUUCCCACAGAUUGAGGAGGUGAUGGUAAAGCCACUCAGAGAGUCAAGAGACCGGUACGAAGAGCUCAAACAGAUCGAUGAUGCCGUGAAUGAGGUGCAGAAAAAGAAAAGUGAGAAUUUAACAAUGGAUGGUGAGAAGUGAAAAGUUCUGAAAAGGACCAGUGAGCACAGAGCACGAGUACAGUGGAAUAAUGAGAUGUGUUGUUCCAUCACCCUGUCCACUCCUCACAUGGAGCAGCAUGAAGGGUGUUGUAGUUUCCAGUGUGCCACAGGAAGAUGAUGGCCGAUGUUUAAGAGCAGCUUCUUAAGCUGCUACAGGACUUGAGGACCAGAGGGACUCUGAAUUGAGUGGUUUUAGCUGAAUGCUAGCAUUCAAACACCACAGACUACUUCAGUGAACAAUAUUUAGAUUUAAUUCGUGUAUUGUGUUUGUUUUUUUUUGUUUGUUUUUA